AUGUAUCUAUCUAUCUAUCUAUCUAUCUCUGUUGUUAUCUAUCUAUCUAUUCAUAUCUAUCUCAUUUUCUAUUGCAUUCUGUCCUUAUCUAUAUAUCUAUAUAUCUAUCUAUCUAGCUAUUUAUCUAUCUAUCGCAUUCUGUUCUUAUCUAUCUCAUUCUAUUCAUCUAUCCUUACCGUCGCUGGGCUAUCUAUCUCAGUCUGUUUCUCUCUAUCUCUCUAUCUAUCUAUCUAUCUAUCUAUCUGUGUUUUAACAACACCAAACUUGUAUCUAUCUGCCUGUCUAUCUAUCUAUCUAUCCAUCUAUCUAUCUAUCGUAUUCUGUCUUUAUUUUUCUAUCUCUAAAUUCUCUAUCUAUCCAUCUAUCUAUCUGGGCCUGUUUUGUUGCGCGGAAUUUUUUUUCCUGUAUGUUUGCCAUUAUUCGUAUUCUUCUUUCAAGUCUCUGACUUGGUAUUUUUUAAAUGUUUCUUCUUUCAUCUUGAAGAACAUUUUGCAUAUCGCUCUAUCCCGUUCAAAUAUCUAUCUAUCUAUCUAUCUAUCUCGCGGCCUGUUCCUGACUAUCCUUGUCAUUUUAUCUAUCUAUCUAUCUAUCCAUCUAGCUGACUAUCCUUGUCUUUUUAUCUAUCUAUCUAUCUAUACUAAUCUAUCUAUCCAUGCUUUCUUACUAAUGUUCCUUUCUCUCUUGUCUAUGAUCGUCCUCUCUCUCUCUCUCUCUCUCUCGUUCGCUAUUUUUCAUUAUACUGACCUACCUGUCUACCUCUUUAACUUUAAAUCAUUUUAA